AUGGGAGCUGACCAGGUGAUCAGGAGAUGUAUUCCCGAAUGGGAGCAGAGGGAUGUGCUUAAUCAUUGCCAUGCGUUGGCGUGUGGAGGUCAUUUUGGGCCAAGGAAGACUGCGAGGAAAGUCCUAGAUAGUGGAUUCUAUUGGCCUACAUUACACAAGGCGGAGAUCUCAAACAGGGAGAUCAAGGAAAUAUUGGAGAAGACGGUGAAUCCGUCAAGGAAGGAUUGGAGCAAGAGGCUCGGCGACGCAUUGUGGGCGUACAGGACAGCAUACAAAACACCUAUUGGAAUGUCGCCCUAUAGGCUGGUGUUUGGCAAGAUGUGCCAUCUGCCCGUAGAAGUGGAACACAGAGCAUAUUGGGCGGUGAAGGAGAUUAAUAUGAGACCCAAUCUUGUGAGGAAGUGA